GGGGGGGGAGCAGAAACUAGCCUAUUUGUAACUAAAUAUUGCAAUAAGGCCAAGCUGCAGAGAUAAAGUAGGGAAGUGCGUUCUCUUGAGUUUGCUACCAGUUCUUAAUGCGAGAAAGUUUAUUGGGUGAGGGCGGGGCGAGGUGAAUAAGGGAGUAGAGAGCAAAAACCCAAAGAGGUGUGUGUGAGUGAGAGUGUGUGUUUAAGGUCCAGUUUAAAGGGGGCUGAAGACGGGGGUGGGUCGACAAAGAACAGCGGGAAGCGAGUUUCACAUGGAGAAGACAGUAAGAUGACCCUCCGCUUGUGGGAGCGCAGUUAAAGAUUCACCCAAAAGGCUCAGUCCGAUGUCCCAGGUGAGAAACGCGCUCUCCCGCCGUUCUUCUGACUCGCUCGAUGGAGACCCCCAGGUGGACCCGGCGCCUUUCCCAUCCCCCCACACAGGCCAAGAUGCAAACUUGUGCCCUUCCUCAGUGCUGGAUUCAGCGGUAGUAUCAACAACUCCUAGUUCCCCUACUCCCGCUUUUUCUUCCCAAAGUCAGACCACAGGUGUGAAAGAGGAAAAUCCAUCACAACAUGCCACAUCUCGAUCCGUGGUGAAUGGAACAGCAUCUUCCAAGGCAAAAUCUGAAGGUGACUUUGCAAUAGCAGCAGAAACUGUGACACGCCAGCCCCAGAGCCGAGUAACUGUCCGGACACCUCCAACUUCAACUUGUAUCCCUCUCCUUCAGAAUGGUUCUGGGCAUAUACUGGACCUUUCAAACGGCGAGGCUGGGAAUGGUGUCGUUUGUUCUGAACUCAGCUCACUGUCAAGCUCCCAGAAACCUCAUCGAAAGCUACAGUCACAUCACUCCAUCAACAGCCAGAUCAGUAAAAAAAGCAAAGGCAGUUCCAAAUCUGUCUCCUCUCAGAUCCCUACUGAGGCACAGGAAGAUUGCUGUGUCCACUGCAUCCUCUCCUGCCUCUUCUGCGAGUUCCUGACUCUCUGCAACAUCAUGCUGGACUGUGCCACUUGUGGCUCCUGCAGCUCUGAGGAUUCUUGCAUCUGCUGCUGUUGCUGCGGCUCUGGGGAAUGUGCCGAUUGCGACCUGCCCUGUGACAUGGACUGUGGCAUCAUUGAUGCAUGCUGUGAGUCAGCCGACUGCUUGGAGAUCUGCAUGGAGUGCUGUGGUCUGUGCUUCUCUUCCUGAAACCUGGAGGCAGAUCUCGUUCCGUCAAUAGGAUCUCUGAGGGUUACCCCGGGGGAAGACCUUGGUAAUGAGGUCCCCAUGGUCCUCCCUCAUCAUUGGAUAAUCAGAAUCUAAUGUAGUCAAAGGUUGGAACAGGGGAGGAGCCCAGAGGAGCUGACACCAUUCACACCAGUUUGGAACCAGAAUUCUGGGCUCAAAGACUGCUUGGGCCAAAGUGGCCCUUUCCCCCUCCCCCAAUCUACCGCUAAAGAUUUGCAGGAUUCUUGAAGAGCAGAGGGGAUGUGCAUUCUCUCUCUCCCCUCCCUCCAGUCUCCUCCUAAUGGAAGCUGGGGAAGAGCAGUGUUCCUGCUGCCUGAGCCAAGAGCAGGAGAAGACAAGCUGCACAGCCAGCGACACUGCUUGGCAGGGACCUGGUGCAGUCACACAUGGCCCAAGACGGUAGGCAUGCCGAGCUGCCUGCGUCUAGAGUGCCAGCAAGCUAUGCCACCUACUGGCCAACAAGUCCUACUGCUAUCUGACCAACUGUUGGAAGUUUUCUAGCUCUGGUGCUUAUUGGUUGGCAGAAGUGCCUAGAGUGAACUGGUGCCAGCUAGUUGGCAGGCUUGCUGUCUCCUGGCUGGCUAUUGAGCGUCUCAGGCGCCCAGGGAAAUGGCAGGCAGCCUAGUGUGCCAAGAUGGAAUGUUUGCAUGCAGCUGCUCCGGGCCCAUCUCUAAAGCCGUAGCUAAAGCUGGAUUCUUCCAAUGGCACAAUUAAAGGAAGCCAAAGCCCCUGACACAGUGAGCAAAAGAUGUGUGAGCAUCCCCUCCACAUCUGUCAGCAGCUAGGAGCUGGCCUAUUUUGUGAACUUUUUAGAGGUGGGAACUAUAUCUCAUUCCUGCCGUCCCCACCCCCAUCAACCUUCUGCUGAAGAUGCCAUCAGUGUUGAGCAUGACGAGUACAGACCGCUCUCUCCACUCCCCAUAUUCUCAUUCCAGGGCCUCUUUGCCACCACAGGUAUCUGAUUCUUUAAAGAGGCUUCUUUACAGACUGAGGAUGCAAGUUUAUCGGUGUGAAAAGAGGGUAAUAGGCAUUGCCUCUCCUUGCUUUUCCCCACAGCACACAAGUGACUUUAAAGGUACUGGCUACCUGGUGUCCUGUCAAAAAGCUACACAGCAGCCUCCCAAGUGAGCCAUUAACAUAAUUAGCAUGUCUUGGGCCCAGGGACCAAGGUACUUAGUACCACUCCAACUAAGGGCAGCCUUCCAUACCAAAUCCCUUGAUUCCUUUCAGUGUGGAGUGGUUUUAUAUUUGUCUGUUUUAUUUGUCACUGUAAAUAAAAACGUUUUUUCACGUCUGACCCAAAGACUUCUUCAGUGUUGCAUGCUGACCUGAGGGGUGAAACUACUGCACACUUGUGAAGAAGGACUUCUCCUAGGGCCAUUUCAGUGGCAAUACUUUUGUACGUGAAUUUGAUAACCAAGUACAAAAUAGUAUUUUGGAAAUACACAUGCCCUGUAUCAUAAUGUGAACUGUGUAUGCAUGUAUUUUUAACUCUUUAAAAUACAGGCAAAUGUCAGCCGGUUAA